GACCUUCGACCUGAUCGUACAAUUGCUAGAAAAUGGAAUGAGGAACGUACACAUAAACAGGUUCAUGUUUAUCAACCAACAUAUACAGAAAUUACAAAUAGUGGAACAAUCAGUGGUGGGACAAUCAACAGUGAAACUUUCGGUGCUAAUACAACUAUAUCCAAAAGAUGCCACAAAAAGGAUAAUUACAAAGAUCAUAUCAUGCAAAAGCAGAAAAAGCGAAUAAAAACUACAACAGCAAAAGACGAAAAAGAUGAAGAUGAUACUGAAGAUGAUGAGGCCGUCCAAUUUGACAUUGAUUCAAUUGUUAAGAGUUUAGAACAAGAAUCGUUAAAUGAGUGGGAAAUACAUAAUAUAAACGUAACGGAAAGAUUUCGUCAAUAUCAACAAGAGGUUCUUGAAAGGCUCCAAACAACAGGAUUAACAUGGAAUAAUACAUAUGAAAUCUUAGCGCUCUCAUCCAUAAUUGUACUCAGUCAGCACUGUCCUUACCCAAAUUUCACCUGUGAAGAGUGGCAGACAAUAAUUCAAACUAACCCAUAUACAAUCAAUGAGCCAGUAUUAUCAGCUCCAGUAUCUAACGCUUUACAUGAAGCUGUAAUAAAACAUUUUUCAGGUCAGGACAGUUACAUGCAUUCAGAUGAAACUCCAUUAAGCAGAGAAUCUUCACAAACCUUCAAUGGGCUACGGAAUACUAUACCUGAUCUUGCACCACUAAAAAUGUCAGAACAAGAACAUUGCAAUCAAUUUCUAUAUCCUUAUACGAAUCCAAUUUUUAUGAAGAGAAACAAUUAUUAUAAAGUGCGAUUAAAUCGUGCUGCUAAGGGCACAAAACAAAGACCUGAUUUUUUUUGCAUUAUGGAUGAUGAUGUCCCUUUAUUAAUUUCUGAAAUUAAGCCAUUGGGGUGUGGUCCUCUAAAAUGGAAAAAGGACAUUGCAAAAGCUCAUUUGCGAGCAAGAAAAGCAAUUAAUCAACAAUUAACUUCGAAGGGUGGUCCAGGAGAAUCAGCAAUAUUUCUCAACUGUGGUGAUGUUGUACAAACAUAUUUAAUGGACCUACAAUCUGACGGACUAUAUAGAUCGUGGUCUUUUUUCACAACAAGACUAGUAAUUGAUGAACCCAGUUUACCUUUGGUUGAGUCAAAUUUUGCCCAUUUUGUGACCUUAGAGAGACGUAUAUCUCAACUUGCAAAAAAUUAUAAAAAUCGAAAAAUUCCAUUUACACCUCCCCUACAAAUCCAAUAUAUGCGUACUAUUCCAGACUCUCCCCAGAUCCGGAAAAUCCUAGGUUCGUAA